CCGGCAAUAGAUGGCGUUCAUUCUGUGUUUACUUCUGAUCUGACAUGUAUACAAAUCAGUUUAGAGAAUUAAUCAUAUAAUCUAAUAUAUCGAAUGGAAGAGGAAGCACCAAUCAUUUAUGGUCUUGAUUUUCAGGCCCGGUCAUUGUGCGCUCAGUAUGGAGAAACCGAAAUGGUUCGAUUUUUGAUUGGUACACAGUCACUGAAAUCAGAAAAUUCCAUACACUGUGUUGAAUAUGAUGAAGAAUCUGUUUUGGUGAGCAAAUUUGUUUACCCUCAUCCACUUGGAGAGAUAUGGCAGACAAAUGCCCACCCUAACCAGGCAGACAUAGUCGGAACUGUUCACAAAGGUUCAAAUCAAAAGAUGUUAGCAACUAUCUAUAAAAUGAGCCCUGUGCCGAGUAUUGGACAGUCAAUCGAUUCCUUGGAUUCAACAUCUCAUGGGCAAUUAGAAGUCCUAGCAAGUUUGGGAGCAGAAGAUCAAGAAGUAGCAAAAUUUUUGUGGCAACCAAACGAUGGCAACAAAGUGGUGACAGUGAACACAGAUAGCAGAAUUAACGUUUGGGACUUUAGUAGCGAAUGCAGAGUUCAGAAUGAAUUGCAUUCAGAACCCCUAGUCAAGACACACAAUCAAGUGACGGCCGCCAAUUGGUCUCCGCACCACGGCACCAAUCAAAUCGCAGUAGCCAUGGAGACGAACUUGCAAGUGGUGGACCUUCGCUCGAUCAACAAGGGGUCGAUUUAUAACCUAGAAAAUGCUCACAUUGAGCCUAUCAGAGAUUUAGAUUUCAAUCCGAAUCGUCAAUACUACAUGGCCACAUGCGGCGACGACGGAUGUACCAAAUUCUGGGACGUGCGCAACAUCAGCAGUCCCGUCCUCAGCCGUCACGACCACUAUCAUUGGGUAUGGCAGGUACGGUAUAACGUAUUCCACGAUCAAUUGGUGUUAACAGCAGGAAGCGACGCUCGGGUGGUUUUAACUUCAGCAGCGUCCUUGUCAUCCGAGCCCUUUGGCAAACUUAUGUCUGACGAUAAGGACAACGACGAAGAUGACGAUGUUCGGAGUCCUCUGGCGGACGGCGUGAUAACCGCUUACGAAGAGCACGAAGAUUCCGUGUAUUCGGUAGCCUGGUCCAGCGCCGAUUCCUGGACGUUUGCUUCCCUCUCGUACGGUGGCCGGCUACUGAUUCAUCGCGUUCCACGCUCGUUAAAACACAGCAUCCUUUUUUAAAUGUAGCUCCCAUGUUUUCACCUGUGGAUUAAUUUAUGAAUGCCGUUGAAUGGCAGAGAUCGAGCCGGGACAUACAUUAAACGUGUUAAACAAAAAAAAA